AUAAAGUCCAUCUCUCUCAGGAGCAGUUAGGCAGUAAGCAGCUGGCCUUCCAGCAGCAGCUGAUCCAGAUGCAACAGCUUCAGCAGCAGCACAUCCUCAACCUCCAGAGACAAGGUCUGGUCCCACUGCAGCCCACUGCCGCCAUGCAGUCUCUGCAGCAAGCAAUGUGCCCGUCCGACCUCCAACAGCUGUGGAAGGAAGUUUCAGGAGUGCCAAACACUGAGGAGGCCCUGAAACAGGCCGAGGGCCUGGACUUGAGCACCAACAGCUCCAAUUCUACCUCAGCCUUCCCCAAAGCUGCCAGUGCUCACAUCCCACUACACAGCACACCCAAUGGACAGAGCCACACCCCAAAGAGAGAGAGAGCCAGACUGUUUGAGUGGAUAUCCUCCUUCACGAAGGCAGACAGCGGAGAUGACCAUGUCCCCCUUUACUCCAAAGGCAGCCAACUUCCCAGCAGCCACCACGAGGAGCACACCGGCUCCCACCCUCUCUACGGCCAUGGAGAGUGUAAAUGGCCUGGCUGUGAAGCACUGUGUGAGGACAUUGGACAGUUCAUCAAGCACUUGAACAAUGAGCACGCCCUAGAUGACCGCAGCACUGCUCAGUGCAGAGUCCAGAUGCAGGUGGUUCAGCAACUGGAGAUACAGCUGGCAAAAGAGAGCGAGCGACUCCAGGCCAUGAUGACCCACCUGCACAUGCGCCCCUCAGAGCCAAAGCCUUUUAACCAACCUCUAAACCUGGCUUCCAGCGGCUCUCUUUUAAAACGGGACAGCGAGGGCUACCCAGAGGGUCUCCCCCACCCCCCCACCUCAGCUGCCACCCCCAUCACCCCACUGCGCCAGGGACCCUCCGUCAUCAGCUCCUCUAGCCUGCACGCACACUCCCACUCCCACACACACAGUGUUGGGCCCAUACGUAGACGCAACUCCGACAAGUACUGCACCCCCAUCGCCUCAGAGCUGGCUCAGAACUGUGAGUUCUACAAGAACGCUGAUGUCAGGCCUCCCUUUACCUAUGCCUCUCUUAUACGUCAUGCCAUUCUGGAGUCCCCAGAUAGACAGCUGACUCUCAAUGAGAUCUAUAACUGGUUUACACGAAAAUUUGCCUAUUUCAGGAGAAACACAGCCACAUGGAAGAAUGCUGUGCGCCACAACCUGAGUCUGCACAAGUGUUUUGUUCGUGUUGAGAACGUGAAGGGGGCCGUGUGGACUGUGGAUGAAGUUGAAUACCAAAAGAGGAGACCACCAAAGAUGACUGGAAGUCCCACUCUGGUGAAAAACAUGAUUUCAGGCCUGGGCUUUGGGUCCCUAAACGCCAGCUAUCAGGCGGCUCUGGCAGAGAGCAGUCUGUCCUUGCUGAACAGCCCUCCCUUGGUGAACCCUCCCUCUGCAGCCAGCCUCAACAUGCUCCACGUGGGCCACGAUGAUGUCAGCUCCACUGUGGAGCAAGUCAACAGCAAUAGCAGCUGUAGUCCCACGCUCAGCCCUCAACAGUACAGCCACCCAGUGCAUGUGAAGGAGGAACCCACUGAGCUGGAGGAGGACAGUCGGCCAGUGUCCCUCCUGGCUGGUGUCACACACAGUCUGCCACUGCCGAGCGAUGAGCGCGACCUGGAGGAGGAUCUUCCCACUGAGGAGCUGGAGUAGGACAGAUCCAGAACGGACCCGAGGGACAGGACAUAGCGAGAUCAGUCCCUGAAACCCUCUUGUCAGUGUGUAGAGAAAAAGAUAGCUACAGUACACUUAAGAGAAAAGAGAUGAGAAAAAAUAGAUUUUUUUUUCAGUUUGUUUUUAAGAAAAUGCAAGCAACCAAGGAUGACAUUGAGAAACUCCAAACAGGGUUAGGUGACCUCCGUUCCUUUCAGGCGCAAAAAUCAGACUUUGGAGCACUGCUUUACCUCCAUGUGUUUCUUUUUCCGACACAUGGCUCAGAGGUGUAACACCACUUAAUGCAUACACACUCACACACAUGCACACACACACACACUCAUUCACUUAUCAGACCCAUGUUUCAUUAUCCUUCCUGGUAACAUCGGCCUCUAUGUGGAGACCCUUAGAGGUGUGGACACACUCUAGCACCCACCUAGCCCCACCACUCUGCAUACACCCUCCUCACUGUUGUCUCGGGCUGCCUGGCUAGCUGUUUGAAGACACAAGUGUGUGUGUGUGUGUGUGUGUGUGUGUGUGUGUGUGUGUUAUAAAGAAACACACACACAGAAUCAUGUGUAUAUAGAUUUGAAGCAGUCACCACGGGCUGUGCAGUAUACCUCUCCUUCUUACCCCUGUUUGAGUCAGUCACUUGCUUUUCCGUUUUCUUUUCUGUGAUUGAAAUGAAACUGUUGGGCUUCCAGAUGGGAAGGAAAGAAGGAUAGAAGAGUGCUUUCAAAGAUUACCUCCAAGAGUGCUCCAACGUUUCUGCAGAGCAGGCUCCUGUCUCCACGCCAGUGUGCAAGCCCAUGCUGACGCUGACCCGACAGAGGCGACGCGGUCCGGGUCCCUGGCCAAAUCUCCUGCCUCCAGCAACAAACUUAGUGACGGACAUCUUUUAAACUCUUUGCUUCUAAGUGAGAAAAAAAGAAGACAUUUUCCUACCCAUCUCCAUUCCUUCACAUUCCCCACCCCCCCCAAAAGACUGCAGGAAAAGGACCAUUUGGUGCUGUCCAUCUCUUCUCUUCCAUCCGUGAAUGGAGCGAUGAGCUUGGAACACUUUGAGAACAAGAGGGGAAGCAGAGAGAGAUGAGGGAGGAAGCAUCUACAGAAAUAUUGUGACUAAAAAAAGAAAACUGUUGAUUAUGGAAUAUAACAAGAAAAAAUGUGUGAUAGCUUUUGUCAUUUCUUUUUUUUAUUUGAUGUUAUCAUUGUUUAUUUUUGAGAAACAAUAUUUCCACGGUGGCGUUCUGUUUUGACAUACCUUUUCUAAGGAUGCUGUUUUUUGUAUUGUAAUUUGUUUGAUUUACUCUGGUUCACACCAUUCCAAAUGAGUAUUGGCAAAAAAUAGUAAUAAUAAUACACACACACACACGCACGCACACAAAAGAAAGCGCAGUAUUGUCCCAAUGUGUGAUACCUGACCCAACUCCUGCCCCUCUUCCUUUUUUGCCCCAAGUGUAGCAGGCAAGACAUUUGGAAAUAGCACUUAAAAUUGCCAUUAUCCAGACAUUUUAUUUAACAGCUGAAUCUUUUUGUUUAAAUUCUCUCUCAUUCACUUGUUUUUGAGUAUGUAUUUAGUUGAGAAAUAUCAGUAAUGCUUUAAAAAUAUAUAUAUUAUUACUGCAGUCAGAGAAUACCUCAUCCCACAAAGGUUCUGCCUGGAACUGUGUCCAAAUUGAUAAAGAAAUAAGGGGGAAUACUUUCUGUGGGACACCAAAUGUGGCAACUCUGCUCAGCUUCAAUUCAAAGUUCUAUGGUUGUAAUAGUUACUGUGUAGAGGCUAUCUGCAAUUCACUGUGUGAGUUCGUGUUAAAGGAAUAGCACGUGAGAUUUAGUUUUUGUUUGCUUUCUGUGAGCAUAAAAAGCAUUACUUUCCAUGCCAAAUUUGACAUUUAUUUUAAUCUAUUAUCUGCUUUUUCCCAUUUUAUUUUUGUUACAGGUAACCAAAGAAAUGUGUAGAAAACCAAAAACCCUGUAGUUUCUUUUGCCCUUUUUGAGUUUCUUCUUUUUCUUCUUAAAGAACUGGCCAAAAGACAACAAACCAGGAGUUAGAAUUCUAAUUAAUGUAUUCACUUAACUGUUGUGUUGAAAGUAUACAUGACUUACAGUGCUGACCAUUCCAAAAACCAAAGUGUGUAAUGCAAACUAGAAGAUGGAGAAAUCAAAGCUUUUACAUGAUGAAGAAUGACUCACAACUUAUAUGAGGCCAAAAACUAGCAUUAACAAACCUCGCGCAGUUCCUCUAAAAAACAAAAGAAAAAAGCACUUAGAGGUGAAGCUCUGUCUCUUCCAUGCUCAGGCUGAAAUGUGGCCCUGCUAUUGUAUGAGCAGGCCUAAAGGUGAGGCACUCGUCAGGUAGCUGUACCUUUACAACCUGAGAUGGCAACAAGAGAGGUUAAACUCGUACUGAAAAUAUUUGGCUCUGUUGAAACACCUGGCUUUACAAGAUGUUUCUGUGGUGCUGUUGUAACAAAAACUAGAUUUUUCAGUUUAGGAAACAAACAUGCCCUCUUUAUCUGUGCUGUAGUAUUUACAGAAAGAGGAGGUGUACUGUAAUGUUGUUACAAAAGUCAAACCUUUGGACAGAGAGGAGUAAUUUCAAAUAUCUACUGUCUCAACAGAGGGAACAACAACAAAAAAAGUGAAACUAUUCCAAUGUAAGAUGAAAGCAACCAAGGGACAUCAUGUCAUUUUAAGUUUGGAUAAUAUUUUCAUGCUUUUUGUCAAGACUAUCUCUUGCACUUCAGAUUUUUUCUUAUUUAAUGAGAUAGCCUUUCAGAUGAUUUUGUGUUCAAACGGGACUGUUUCCUGUCACAUUAGAGGCAGAGAAGUACAAAAUGGCAGACAGACAUCUUGAAACAAAAUAAAAACCAAAAAUAACACUACCUCCUUUUCAGACCAGUUCAACACAUAGCCAAUGGGACUGAACUCUCAUAAAUAUUUUUUCUCCAUUCCUCUGUGAUUAUAACAGAUGCCAAAAAAAAAAGAAAAAAGAUCUGGACUCCCGAACACAUCUGCUUGAGCCCAAAAACAUAUGAGUUGUUUCACUUUCCAUGGAGUUUAAGAUGACUACCUCUCCUUAAUCCAUAUCUAAGGCACUCUCUAUGUCUCAAGUGUGCUGUGAAGUGCUCACUAUAUAUGAAAUGUUUUCUAUCAGCUGUGUAAAACUAACCAUAUCCCUGCACCCGAUUAGCGCUGAGCUGUCUGCUUUGUCUGUGUGCAGUGUUGCAGGGAACUGGUUUCAGGGGCAGUGAUGGACAGGAUAUAUCAGUGUGACCUGGACACACGCAUACACACAGGGAGCAUAGAAGCAAGGCUAUAUGUUAGUGCAAAAACACAGGCUCUGACCAUCCAUAUAUCCAAAGACCUGCACACAGCAGCACCCCCUUCACCAAAACACUCGCAGAGAUGCUGAGAGGACUAACACACACUUAAUAAAACUCAUCACUACUACAGUACUAGUACUAUCCAAACCAAGAGGAACUGCUGCAUACAGUAACUAGAUGAUCUGACUUGUGCUUUAAGAUACACCUGUUAACAAAUCUGUUUUAUAAAGAUUUAGAUUGUUCACAGGUCGCCAUGUAACACUUCUGUUCUUUCUCCAGCUUGGCGUAACAUGAUGCAUUCUUGUAUGUGAAUGCUCGACUUAUCUCUCCGGGGCAUUCUUUACCAUUUUGUCUCUUAAUUUUCUCUUCUUUUUGUUUUUUUUCCCCUGCACCUGUUUAGCUAUUGUAAAGCUUUCAGCUCUGAUUCCUAUACUGUACUGCUAAUGCUGAAGUUGAUAUAUUUAUCAUAUUAAGUGCUGCAGGUAUCUUGGUUUAAUAGUUUUGCUUUGUUUGUUUCCCUAUUUUUUUUUCUUCAUAAAACGUCUGGGACGCAGAUUUUUUAAGUGUAUUAUCUCUAAAACAUUAAAAGAAUAAAACAUUAGAUCAGUGGUUUAGGUAACACCUGUUUGUAUAUUUAUCUUAGCUAGGUCUAUUUUGAUACUUUUUUGUCUCUGUACUGCAUUUAUGCAUUUUUAAGGAAAGAAAAAAACAAAUGGAAAACAAAUUAAUAAGUUACUUUAUUCUGUAUUGAUACCUCAGAAGGACUUUUUCUCAAAGACAGGACCAAAACCUCUGAAAAGAAAAAGAGAAAGAGGAGAGUAAGAAUAUGUAGCCCCUCUCUUGCUUUAAAAGUGCAGAGCUCUAGAAAGAUUAUGCUGUUGGUCCUUUCAGGUGCCAAUAUGUGUUCCAGCUCCCUGUGACCCCUCCCUCUGACCCCUGAUCCCCGUCAUUCCUGUGCUGAACCCUGACCCACAGAGCUGUCAAUCAUCUGCAGGUGCCAUGGGGGUGUCACUGAGUCACACACACCUGGCUGGUGGUGACCAGUCACAAACCUCAUCUCCCUGUCCCACAGAGGCAGAUCAAAGCCUGACACUGUUGCAUUUUUGAUACCCCUUCUUUUGCAUAGUCUCAAUGCAAAAUGUGGAAUGGCUUUCAGAGAUGCAGCUCAUCUUCUGACUACCAAAGGCAUUGCAAGCAAAACAUUGCUUAGUCCAAACUCCUGAACCGUAACCAAACUGUAACCAUACCAAUGCCACAACCUUAACCAAACAAAAACCAAGCUACUUCCAAAAUCACCAUCGACUUCACUGCUCACCUUUACCGAUAGCUGUACGGAAUGGUGUUGUAGGAACGGCUGGCUGACUCAAUGGACACAGGGAGCUCAAAUCAUGAUGUGUGAUUGGACAGUUCUGAGGUGUCAUGUGAGGGGGGAAGGGACUCUCAAAGUGGAGCCUUACCUGAUGGUAUUAUCAAGUAGACAGCCAGAAUCUGAUGGGACUACCACUUCAGCGCUCCUCUGGUUAAACCUUAGGAAUGUGUGUACAUUUUCAGCAGUGACUCUGUAUUGUUUCUUAGUUUCUGUUUACCUCUCUUUAUCCUUUGGUUUAUGUUCUGUUUCUUGUUAUUUGAAAGUGUGACUCGAGGAAGAAGCGGCGACAGGGACUGGGUGGUGGCUUUAGACAGACAGUGGAGCCCAGCCCUCUGACCCUCCACCCCGGGUAGCCAUGUAAUGCCAGUCACUGCCCUUUCCUUCAUGCUGUAUAAAAACACAUAUAUAUCUGUGUAUUUGUAACCUGAAUCUUCUUGUGUCUGUCCCUGCAGACAAUAAAAAAACUGUACAGUAGGUCUAGUUGCAUGUAAUCUGUACUAAUUAUUGACAAUGGCAUUAUAAAAUGCAAUAAAAUACUUAUUACACUGUC